ACUCCAGUAGAAGAAAAAAAGAAGAAGAAGAAGAGUCUUCAGGAAGUAGGUGGCGCCAUCCUGUCAAGUACGGGGUCUCCUGGCACGUGGAAGGACCUCAGAGCACACAGCGGCAGCAGUAGCAGUAGUAGUAGGAACGACAUCAGAAUUGCUCCCUAUUUCUGCUAUUUCUACACAGUAAAAAAUGGACCCAACAGCACCAAAGCCCAGCCAUAUACUUGCAAGAAGGGAAAUAGCCAAGGUCUGCAGUCCACGGUACCGCUGCGGAACUCCGCUCGGCAGAGGCAGCUUUAGUUGGGUGAUUUCGGGGGAGCGGCUGUCAGAUGGGCUCCCGGUCGCCAUCAAGGUGAUCUCCAGGGAGCUGGUCAAGGAGUGGGUCCAGCUGCCUGGAGCAAUAAGGCCUGUACCCUUGGAGAUCGCUCUGUUGCAGCGACUCUCUGAACCUGAGGGUCAAAGCGGCGUGAUCCGGAUGCUAGACUGGUUAGAGGUGGAGGAGCUGGGCUUCCUAUUGAUCACGGAGCGGCCGGCCCAGUGCCAGGAUCUCUUCGAUUUUAUCACAGAGCGAGGCGCGCUUCCUGAACGUCUCGCGCUCAGGUUCUUCAGGCAAGUGGUCCAGACGCUGAGGUACGUGCACCUCCACGGCGUUGUGCACCGGGACGUUAAAGACGAGAACAUUGUGGUAAACACGGAGACGAUGGAGGUCAAGCUCAUCGACUUUGGAUCCGGGGCGCUGCUGAAAGACGGAAAGUGCGGAGCUCAGCCGAGGAACCCCACGACGACGGUGAAAGCGGAAGGGUUUCUGAUGUUUUUUGCUCUGUGCAGGUACGCGAGUCUACAGUCCUCCAGAGUGGGUCCAGGGCCGGACCUACCAUGCCAUCCCGCUCACCGUCUGGUCGCUCGGCGUGCUGCUUUUCCACAUGGUGUGUGGGAACAACCCUUUCGAGCCCGACCGGUAGAUCGUCGAAGCCACGCCCCUGUUCACGUGUCCCCGCUCGGAAGGUGAGCACUGGACCCACCCCUGCAGACGCCCGCUUUAUUGACUAGUGUUGACACGUGCUGACUCGGUUCGCUGGUGUCUCUCCUUUCGGCCCGAGGACCGGCCUUCUCUGGAGGCAAUCCUCUCUCACCCCUGGAUGAGCGGAGGGGAGAAAGAAGAGGAGGAGGAGGAGAAGAAAGAGCUCGAGGAGAAGAAAGAGCACGGGUCGCUACCCAGCUCGCCGCUGUGAUCCCUGUCC